AUGGCUUCAAAGCAGCAAUCAGAAAGAUUGGAUGCACACGCGAUGCAGAGGGAAAAAGAAAGGGAAAGGCGCCGUCUUAGAGACAGAAUAAGAAGGCAGAACAUGACCCAAGAACAAAGGGAUAGGCAUCUUGCUAGACGCCGAAGAAAUUAUCAGCUCAGGAGAUUGAGGGCUCAGAAUGCCAAAAUGUUAAGCUCUCAGCAAACUGAUACUAACAUAAAGUGUAAUGCAUCUGAGCUUGAAUUGAUUGACCACCAUUCUUCUUCCAGUUUACCUUUACUCAAUGAGCUGCCAACCACCUCUGAAACUCAAGGAGGAGCUCAGAGCGUAAGGAAGAACCCGAGAAGGUUACGUGUAAGUGAUGUAAGGCAUCUAGCUAGAAGAUUACAUAGUAAUGUUCAACACCAAAAUGGGGGACUUCUUACAAGCUGGCAAUCUCUGCCUAAUCAGUACCAAAUAAACUAUGAUCAACCUGUAAUUGGUAACAACAUCAUGGGUUUAGACUACAAUCGUCAGUUCACAGGUGCUAGCAGUAGCAGUAGCAGUAACAGCAGUGAAUUGAAUUAUCGGAAUUCGAUUAUGCAACAUCCUGGUCUAUAUUCUACUGCAGCAGCAGAAAGACUAUUGAACAAUUUUAUUGAAUUGAGAUGUUAUAAUAGAUCAGUGAUCUUACUCAAAGAUUUCUUAACUGAUCCCUACGUCGUUAUGAUGGAUAAAGGCCGUUCUUCUGAAUUUCUGCAUUUCCUUGAAGGCUGUCCUACAGGUGUGAUUGCUGGUAUACUUGAUAAGAUUGCAAAAUAUCCUGAAGAGUGCCUUGUUUGUGCUUCCUGUCACCCUGUCGCAUCUUCGGUGAUUAAGAAGUUGAUCCAUGUCGCGAGGAAACUACCUUGUGUUAGUCUGUUUCCUAAGACCAUUGCUCCUAGUGUUGUGAGCUUAUUGAGUGACCAAUUUGGAAGACAUGUUGUUGAAGAAUGCUUUAUUUUAUUGGAUAAAUUUAAGAACGAGAUUCUAUAUGAACAAGUGGUAGAACAUUGGUUGGAUAUAGCCACUACCAAGUAUGGAUGCAUUUCGUUACAAGUUUGCAUCAAUCAUAUGGAUCCCUCUCCCUCGCCACAUAUUCGUCAAGGCGUCUAUGUCCCUUCUCUCAAGGAAUGUCUUCUUAAGCUCAUCUCCUACAACGCAGCAUUUUUGGCACUAGAUGAGCACGGGAACUAUGUUUUACAACAUGUAAUAAUGAUGAACCAUCCAUUAUGUAAUGAAAUAAUUGCUACGGAACUAAGACCUAUCUAUGAGAUAUUGUCUAACAGCAAGAGUGGUAGCCAUUUAGUGGAGAAAUGUUGCGGUAGUCCUUUUCGAAGUUAUGUUGCAGAGGAGCUGCUAAAGAGUAAGAAUCUUCUGAGUAUUGUACAAAAUAAGUUCGGAAAUUAUGUUAUUCAGAGACUACUCAAAGAGACAAAGGUAAAAAAAAUAUAUACAUUAUUAGUAAAGCAUGACACUUUCUUGUACGAAAAACUUUACAAGAAAUUGUUGCAAGACUUGGAUACAUUCGAGAAUACCCCUUACGGAAAGAAUGUUGCCAAUUUGAUCAAAGAUCAAUUGAUGGAAGACAAUUACAAAGCCAAUGGAGACAGGAUACAAAAGUGGCAACAAAAAGAUAGACAAAGAGGCAUAUGA